GCACGACCAAUUAUCUGAGCCGGCCCGGCUAAAAUAACUGGAUGGCCUACCUGCCUGUCAGCCUGCCAUCUGUGCACAAACUUAUCUCGUGCCCUCAUUGGUCACGUGCGCGUUCGUGUGUGUUGGAGGAGGGGCUCUGUAAAGAAUUCUGAAGGAACGGGCAGAUUAUUUCCGGUUGUGUAUUUUCAAAUUCUAGCGCACUCGAGCUGGUUUCUCCAUUCGUACCCACCCUACCUUUAAUAGAGUGUGGACUCGCGCUUUUGUGCAUGCUCUAUGCAGCAAAUGUGACCCGCCAUCGGAGGGCCUCCUCCCCGGGUCCACGUGCCGGUGCUUGGCGGUCGGAAGAAUAAUAUUUUACAGGACAUGACGGAGCUCAGGAGUCUGCACUUUGAAGCUCCUAGAGCGGACAAAGAUAUGUUUAUUUGCCUGAAUGAUGGAAAUAAAUAAAAAAUGCUAUUUUACAGGACAUGACGGAUAUAGGUGUAUUUUCACAGCUUUUUGGAAAUACACCAAAUGUGAUAUUGCAGGGCAACACAGAGCUCAUUUUACCCAUGUGAUGUUGUGCAGUACAUUACUGAGCUCACUUAACGACAUGGCGUACCAGGGGCACUCUAGGGCACUAAGGUCUUACCCAGAUGUCCUUAUGUGUUUAGUGAGAGUGCUUGAGUUUGGGUACACAUCUUUGCCAGGCGCACCCACAUGUGGAAAGACGAAAUAUGACGAAUAUGGAUGCUGAUGGGCGGAGGGUAGAUCACCGCAAAGGGUUUCCAGGGGCAUGAUGUUCUGUAGGGUGUGAACAUCUGGGUUUAGUCCAUGGGGGAGUGCAUAAGUCCGGGGGCCCGGGGUCUCACGGUGUGCGAUGUUAUGGAAGUGCGCAUGUUAGGGAGACAUUCUGGAGCUGCUUAGUCCGUCCUUUGGGGCUCUGUGAAGGGCCACAGAGAGGUGGUUUUCGCGGUCUGUCUCCUGGAAGUGUGACAAAAAACCUGUUUAGCCCACAAUUCCUGGAGUUUCCAGGCCGAAUUUGGGAGCUAAUAGGCGGCCUGGCAUGAGCCCCCACCAGUGGAAAGCAAAAAUAAAUAAAGAAAACAGUCAAUUAUAUCUUAAAAUAAUCAAAAAUGAAGUUUUAAAAAUUCUCGAAAAAACGACUGAGUGCCAACGGAGGAGGGGCUCCAAAAAGCUCAAGUCUUCGGCGCUUCAGGCUGAAGCCCCGGACACUUUUGCACUCCCCCGUUGCAUUUUACAACGGAAUGGGAAAUCGAGACCUCCCCUCCUCCAUCAAAAAAAUUCAUUCAUGUUUUUGAAGCUACCAUCUGCACGAAAUCGGAAACCCGGUUUUUGAGAGCACUCAGAAAAAAACCGGCUGUUUCACAUCAUGGAGGAAUGUGUCCGCUCCAUGAUCACUUUGGCUCGGAUACAAUUGUUGCCUGGAGGAUCAUGGUUCUUACCAAACUUUAAGUUUUUGAACUGGCCUCUGGAGGAAUGUAAGGGGAGUUUGAGGGGACUCUACCUGCAUUAUGAUGCACUAUUUUCGGAUACAUUUGGCCCAGUUUCAUGGUUCUCCAAAAAAGUUAACAUACUUUUUCUGCCUCUGGAGGAAUGCAAGGAGAGUUUGAGCGGACUCUACCUUCAUUAUGAUGUCAGGGGACUCUACCUGCAUUAUGAUGCACCAUUUUGGGAUACAAUUUCUCCAUUUUCACCCCUUUUCUCUGGUUCUCCCAAAAGUUAACUUGUACUUUUCCUGACUCUGGAGGAAUGUAAGGAGAGUUGUCAGGGGACUCUACCCACAUUAUGAUGCACUAUUUUCAGAUACUAUUUUUUACUUUCAUGCAUCUUUCCAUGGAUGAAUUAUUUUAUUUAUUUUAACAUUUUGGUCAAUUUCACCCAGUUUUGGCCCCCGCCUUGCCUGGAGGAUAGGACCGAGAGAUGACAGGGAUCUCUGCCCGCCUAACGAGUGCCUAAAUGGGACACCUGUAAACUGGAGAGAUUUGACAUGGGGUCUCUCCAGUUAGCUGAGUGCCAUUUUCUUGAGUCUUUUCAGGUUUCCUUCUCUGUCACUGGUUCUAUUAAUUCCUUUUACCUGGUACACUUCCCUGUACCGAGUGUCCACAGAUGGCCCGUUUAUCCACACACACAUUGGCACAAUGCUCCGGAGGAAACGGCCGAGAAAUGACAGUGUUCUCUGCCCGAUUAACGAGUGCCUAAAUGGGACACCUUUCGCACGAUGAUUGCUGUAAACUGGAGAGAUUUGACAUGGGGUCUCUCCAGUUCGCUGAGUGCUAUUUUCUUGAGUCUUUUCACGUUUCCUUCUUUGUCCCCCCCGGUUCUAUGCAUUCUACUGGGGACACUUCCCGGUACCGAAAUGCUAUGCCUCGUGCACGUGGUGUGACUCUGAUCACCAGGUACUAUGAAUUGAGACCAGUGGUCCUUUGUUGGAAUGAAGGUGGAGCCCCCCACCUCCACGCUAUAUAUUAAACCGUGGUUGACUCUGAUCACUGGGUACUAUGAAUUGAGACCAGUGGUCCUUUGUUGGAAUGAAGGUGGAGCCCCCCACCAACGCGAUAUACAUCAACUAUAUCUAUUCAAUGGAUUAAACAAACAAUAUGUUUCAUCCAUACAGAUAGAAUGGCGAGCGAAUGUCCGAUCUGUAAGAGUUCCUACCGCGCCCUGAGCAAGCACCUGCAGAGGAAUCAUAAUGUGCGUAAUGCAGAUGAAAGAAGAAUUAUUCUGUUGAUGGCCAAAGGACGAACAAACAUUAGGCUCCAUCGCUGCAUUAUUGCAGGAUGUGAGUACAUCGGGACAAGGCUGGACCGCCACUUGGACAGAGACCACUUUGAGCUGUCCCGGGAGGAAAUAUAUGUGGUUGUUAAUAAAGUAAAAAUAAAAGUGGCAAAACAGGAGCUUCGUGAACUCCGAUUGACAAACCCCACAGUAGGAAUUAUUUCCUCUUGGGAUGUGGACACUGUGGAUGAUGAGGUCCUGUCACAACCUCCACCCUUGUCCCCAGUGAUUGAAUGUGACAACCCAGACUGUAAGGAAUGGAGGAUGGAGGCAAACACAAUGAGGGCUCAGAGGGACACAGCUGCUGAGGUGAAAUCCCUGCGCUGCAAGCUGCAGCAGAGGAUAAAACAUAAGCGACAUAGGAGGGAACAGAGGGCCAAGGACAUGCAUGGGUCCGAUGAAGAGGAUGGGGAGGAACAAGAGCGGGUGUAUCUAAAGAAACGACCCCGGACAGAGUCAACGAAAAAGAGGCAGUCCAAGUCCAAAGGUCCCUCCUGCAGCAAGUCCCCCAUUCCCUCCUGCAGCAAGUCCCCCAUUGCCUCCUGCAGAAAUACCUCUCAGGCACAGACAUCCAGCUCCUCAGAACCUGCAUCCUGAGAUACCGAGGCCUCGUCAACCUCCCCUCCCAUAAAUUCCCCCUGGUUCAGCAGCAGGGGGAAUAUAAUGCGGGACAUAACAUUCCCACGCAUCAUGGAGGAGUAUCUGCAAGGCUACCGGGAGCAUUAUGAGUGCAUCGACCCUACAGUCAGGCUCCAAGAAAACGCAGUCUCCAAGAUAAGCCGAGUGAAAUCGUUCCUAACCUUCAUGGCACACGGUUUCAAGCGCCUGUCUGACUGGCUCUUUAUGAGAGAUUUGAAGAGGAUACGUGGCUGGUCCCGGAGCCUGAUAAAGUCGAGCCUACAGGUCACGACCUCUGACUUCUAUAUACAAAAUAUAGCACACUUUGUCAAAUACAUGUCAGCCACACCAUGCAAGGGGAGCAGGCUCAACCAAAAUGACAUGACCUUAAUAACACGGGAACUUGGUGCCAUCCUGAAGUCCCUGAGGAAGAAGGUGGUUAUCCACCAGAUGCAGGUGAAGCGGGACAAGAUGGAAGGUCUGCCGAGCCAUAAAGACAUCAUCGCAUGUUUGACUGCGGCCAAUACUCUCAUCCCUCAGCUCCUGGACGUGAUGGCCAGCAAUCCGACUACCGCAACCCGGCUGUUGCUCUAUGGGUACCUGACCCUCCAUUGGAGCUGCAUCUAUGGCCACCGUCCGGGGGUCUACUCGAACAUGACCAACGCCCAGGUCCGAAAGGCGGAGACAACUGGCACUGCCUUUGGCUACCUCAUCCAAGUAAGCAACCACAAGACGGCCAGCGCGUUCGGGGAAGCGCAGCUGUACCUCACCAUAGAAGAGUUUGGAUGGAUGAAGAGGUGGCUGGAUAUAAAGGAGACGCUGACCGGCACCCAGAACCGCUACUUCCUAUACACAGCGGGGAAUAACCCGUUGAGGAACCUUGCCACCUUCCUGAGGUUGGCAUGGGCUGAUGUGGGACUAAAAGGUCCCAUUAACUUCACCGACUUCCACGCAGAUAAUGCGAAGAGGUUUCAGGAUCCAGGCAACCGCCAAAGAGUGAGUGAUUUUAUGUGUCACAUUCACUGCAACUGCGGACACAUUUUAUGCCAAGAAUCCUUCUUUGAAGGAGGCUGCGGACAUACGGCUGCUCUUCAAAGUCACUGCAAGCAGCGGCAGCAGCAUUAGAAGAACCAUCAGACAAUGAAGAAGGGGGGAGUGAAGACAAUUUGGGAGAGGAGCAUAUCCCCAUUCCCUACCAAGACUCCCCCAAUGCUUCGUCAGAGAUGUCAGACGAACACUUCUACUUAAAGUUCAACGCUUGGAGAGCGGCGAAGAGGGAACAGUCAAUGGCCGAACACAGUCCCUCAGACAUGGGUGAAGAGAGGGUGCCAGACACUGCACCAACUUCACCCGAUACAGACAUUGUUACCAAUGCACAAGCCAGUGACCAACUUGCAAAUAUGCAAUGCGUUGUUCAAAUCAGUCCCCUCGUGCUGGAUGAGUGAACAAUGCUAUACUGUUAUAAAGUGACAAUGUCAAUGUAUAUAUAUAUAUUUCUGUGAAUAAAGUUUGUUAAAAUUAGU